CGUCGCCGGUGACGUGGCUGCUGGGGAAAGCUCUUCCCGGUUGCUGUGCCAGCCUGCUCGGCUCCUCGGCUUCGGGCUCCUCCAUUCAUUGGAGAUACCUGUGCACAAAAAAAAAUACAUAAAUAAAGAGAAAUACCUGUACUAGCUACUAUUAGUCUUUUUUUUGGUGUGAGCUUUAAAACAAGUAGCGUGUUGCAUCAGGCGCUGACUGCUGCCACCCAUGGAGACGUACGGCAACUCGAACAAGAAACAGAAGCUAAGCAACGCUCCCGAGAACUGGGGAAUGCAACGUGCCACUAAUGUCACCUAUCAAGCUCAUCAUGUCAGCCGAAACAAGCGCGGGCAAGUUGUGGGCACAAGAGGAGGCUUCAGGGGAUGCACGGUUUGGCUGAGUGGUUUGUCCGGUGCAGGGAAGACCACAGUGAGCAUGGCUCUGGAGGAGUACCUGGUGUGUCACGGUAUCCCCUGCUACACACUGGAUGGGGACAACAUCCGUCAGGGGCUGAACAAGAACCUAGGCUUCAGCCCGGAGGACCGUGAAGAGAACAUUCGACGCAUUGCUGAGGUGGCCCGGCUUUUUGCUGAUGCCGGGCUGGUCUGCAUCGCCAGUUUCAUCUCUCCCUACAGCAGGGACCGUCUCAAUGCCAGGAAGAUCCACGAGGCUGCAGGGCUGCCUUUCUUUGAGGUGUUUGUGGACGCUCCACUGGAUGUCUGUGAGCAGAGGGAUGUGAAGGGCUUGUACAAGCGAGCAAGAGCGGGCGAGAUAAGAGGUUUCACUGGAAUUGACUCAGAGUACGAGAAGCCAGAGGCUCCAGAGCUGGUGCUAAAGACUGACUCCUGCAGUGUGAAUGAGUGCAUACAACAGCUUAUUGACCUGCUUCAGGAGAGGGAUAUAGUUCCUGUUGAUGCAUCUUAUGAGGUGAAGGAGCUGUAUGUUCAGGAGAAUAAACUGGACCUGGCGAAGGCUGAUGCAGAGACCCUGCCUGCUGUGCAGAUUGGAAAGGUGGACAUGCAGUGGGUGCAGGUGCUGGCCGAAGGCUGGGCCACUCCUCUGAAUGGCUUCAUGAGAGAGAGAGAGUAUUUGCAGUGUCUUCAUUUUGACUGUCUGCUGGAUGGUGGAGUCAUCAACCUGUCCGUGCCGGUGGUGUUGCCGGUGUCUACUGCAGAUAAAGACCGUUUAGACGGCGUGACCGCUAUAGCCUUGGUCUACGAGGGCAGACGAGUGGCCAUCCUUCGCAACCCCGAGUUUUACGAACACCGCAAAGAAGAACGUUGCGCUCGCCAGUGGGGCACCACCUGCAAGGACCACCCGUACAUCAAGAUGGUGAUGGAAAGUGGGGACUGGCUGGUCGGAGGAGAUCUGCAGGUUCUGGACAGGAUCUGCUGGAACGAUGGACUGGAUCAGUACCGACUGACGCCCACCGAGCUCAAACAGAAGUUUAAAGAAAUGAAUGCAGAUGCUGUAUUUGCCUUCCAGCUUCGCAACCCAGUCCACAAUGGUCAUGCUCUUCUGAUGCAGGACACCCACAAGCGCCUCAUCGAGCGAGGCUACCGCCGGCCCGUUCUGCUGCUCCACCCGCUGGGAGGUUGGACCAAGGACGAUGACGUGCCGCUGCCCUGGCGCAUGAAGCAGCACGCCGCGGUGCUGGAGGAGGGUGUCCUGAAUCCAGACUCUACCAUCGUAGCUAUCUUUCCUUCACCCAUGAUGUAUGCCGGGCCAACUGAGGUUCAGUGGCAUUGCAGAGCUCGAAUGGUGGCUGGAGCCAACUUCUACAUUGUGGGCCGAGACCCCGCAGGUAUGCCCCACCCUGACACAGGGAAGGACCUCUACGAACCCACUCACGGGGCUAAGGUCCUCACCAUGGCUCCAGGCCUCAUCACCCUGGAGAUUGUACCUUUUAAGGUUGCUGCUUACAACAAGGUCAAAAGAGCAAUGGACUUUUACGAUCCCAAAAACCAUCAAGAUUAUGAUUUCAUCUCAGGCACACGUAUGCGGAAGAUGGCUCGCGAGGGAGAGAAUCCUCCUGAUGGCUUCAUGGCUCCAAAGGCUUGGGCUGUGCUGAAAGAAUACUAUAAGUCACUGGAGAAAGCCUAAAGGUUGAGUCACGGAUGACAAAACACGGAAACACUCGAGUUUCUACUGAUGCUUCAAAUGUCGAAUGUGGGGACCACUCAUCUACUAUCACAAACCAUACUCUGGCUUCCGUCUGUCACUUGUACACUCAAUCUUUUAUAGUCUUAUCAUGUUUGUGUUUUAACUGUGUGUACUUUUAUCUAACUUAACUUCCUCUGACUGUAAAAUACAGUAGGAGAAGUCAGAGGUCAAAAAAAUCUUCAGAGUAGAUGUUUGUGUUUCUCACUAACUUUAUAACUGUAUGUUCUAAAGACUGAUUACAAAAUAUUGUUUAAAAAAUAAUGGAUCAAGACUCAUAAUGACCUCUACAGAAAGUACUGUUGACCAGUACUUGAAUAGGUGUGAAUGAAUGUUGAGUAUUCGUGAUGUCCAAAUUUAAAACGUUACUGCACCUGCUCGAGUUCACUUAACUCACAACUGAAACCCAAACAAGUUGCUUUGUACUGUAUGUUUGCAAGUGGCGGUGGUAGUUGCUCAGAAUUUGGUGUACACAAGUAUUUGAUGUAAAAGUUGAGUGCCUUGGUCUUCAGAAAGUGAAUUCACAUGAUGACUGGUUAUAAUUAGGAUACACAGACACAGACACACACACACCUGCUUUUUGUCCCACUUGUCUUAAUGUUACACUGAAACAGUCCAGUAGUUUAAAAAAAAAUGGUACGCAACACUUUAAAGAUGUUUUUAUUGGGAUAUAACUUCUUGGAAAAACUUUUAACAUUUUUUGUGUCAUAUUUAGUCUAUUUAUUCUAUCCUAACAUUACAUUUUUUUUUUUUAGUCUUUAUCUGUUGUGCAUGUAGUUUUGAUGCUUGUCUCAGCAGUCUUUGAUAUUUUGUUAGGUUGUGAUCAUUUGUAUCCCCCCCCCCCCCUCUUGGGUUGCUAAUAUUUUCCAUGUGGUAAUUCAUUUUAAGGAGUUGGCCUGUAUAAACAGAUGGUUGAUGGUUACCAUCAAGGGAUCAGAUUUGUAAUCUUCCUUGU